CAUGAAUAAUAAUGUAUUAGAAGAAGUACUUAAUGGGGAGAAUAAACUCCCUCAGCUGACCCAUAAAAGAAAAUUACGACUAAGAGGAUAUCGGAGUAGCAGAAAUACGAGCGAUAGAACUAUGGUUAACAAACCCCAGAUAGGACUUCAUAGGAUAGGCAACCAAAACCUAGAAGACCUUGAAAAGAAACUCAAAAAUUUGGAUACAGAGAAACUGUUUUCACAGCUCAAAGUAAACCCAAAACCAAUUGAACUUAAAAAGAAGUUAUUCAUGUCAAAGAAUACAUCUCAGACUGAACCGAUAUCAUUGAAGAAAAUAAGCAUAUCCUCGAAAACCUGAGAAAAAGUACCCAGAGAGUCAACCUUCGGGUCUCUCAGAAGGGUAAAUAAGCAUCAGCUGACAGAAAAGAAAUUCCCACAUGCUGGAAAGCCGAUCAACAGUUCUCCUGUAGUCCAGUUGAGUACAAGAAGCACUCGAGCUCAGAGACAAUCAGAGAUCCUUCGAGAGAGAAGGAAGAAGAUGCUGAGCAUCUUCGAUUCCGUUCUAGACUCGAGUCGCUUGAAGAAUUAUUACAGGAAUACCAAGAGAGAUAAUAGUAUUUCUUAUCGAAUAGAUGAUAAGAAUAUUGCUGAGCAAAACAUAAUCGUUAACAAUAAAAUCAAAAUAAAUGGAAGCAAGAUACAUAAGUGAAAGUACACAGUGACUCAUACACAAGCUGAUGCCUAUGAAGAAUCUAUGGAGGAUAGUAGCCGAGAGGGUCAAAAUACCACUCUUGAAGAUAUAAAAGGCUGUAUUGAUAGGAUAAACGUAGUGAAACACAGUCGAUAUGGAGGCAAGUUUACUACAAUAGUCAAUCAGCUCCCUUUGAAAAUUGACGAUAGUAAACACAAGAGUGUCAGGAAUAACGGAGCCCUCACACAAACUAUCAACAUCAAAUGUGGCCCAAGCAAGGAAUCUAAAUUCAGUAUGAAAGUGAAUAUCGCUAAAAGCACUGAAAGCUUCUCAAAUUCAUCUCCUUCACCAAGGCGGUGACGAAAGAACAACGACAAGCUUGACCAGAGAAUUACAAUCUUUGAUAUCCAAGCUCAGACUCGAAGAAUCAAGAACAACAAGAGUAAAAGCAUCAAUUGCACUUCUGUACGAGGUCCAAUUUUCACCCAAGAUACUUACAAGAACUCUGUCAAUAGAAAGUCGCGUAAUUCAAACAAGUCAAGCUCUGAAUAUACAGAGCCUGAAGAUGAUAGCGGGAUCUGCAAUAUUCAGCCAAUUUACACGAAAAAGAGUAUAGUUAAGAAGAAAAAGUUGCCAACCUUUAGACAGAAGAAGACUUCAAAGUCUUAUCUGUCCUAUUUGCCAAGCUUAAGACCUCACCAGAGUCAGAAUGAGAUUAGCUCUCCAUCACAUAGAAUCCCCAAAGUAGCUGAGACUAGUAGGAAGCGACCGGAAGUUCUCUAGGAAAGGAGUUUAGCAAGGAUUGUAUGUAAAUCUCAUUAUUCCUAGAAUUAAUCAAUUUUCAAUUUUC